UCACUUUAGUUGUUAAUUUAUAUAUUGAUUUGAAAAUGAAAAAUCAAUCCAAUCAUAUAUGAAACAUGGAAUGUGAUCGUCUAUUCAAACAAAUUAUCCAUAAUUAUGGCCAUCAACUACGAUAUGAAUGUCGAACAAUACGAACGAAGCUGAAAUACAUUUUCACCAAUAUAAUCAAUUUAAGGCAAUUAAUUCAAUUAAUACAUCGUGAUUAUCGUCGAUCAAAAUGUAUAGCAAAUAAAAAUCCGAAUCAAUGUCGUCGAUAUUUACAAUUAGCCAAUCAAUUAUUCUAUUAUCGGCCAUCAUCAUAUCGUAAAUGUUUAAAAUAUUAUCAUAAGGCAUUGCUAGAAUGUACGGAUGAUACAUUGAAAGCACAAAUUUAUUAUUCAAUGGCUAAAUUGUUUACAUUCCAAUCGAAUGGAAACCGAAUAAAUGGACAACAACAACAACAACAACAACGAUUAGCUUUACAAUCAAUCAAUCAAGCUAUCAAAAUUCUUGAAAAUUCAUCCUCUUUAUUCAACGAUGAACUAUUGAGUGAAUGCCGUGAUUUUUUCAAUAAACUUUGUCGACAACAUGAAAUCGAUUUAAUCGCAAAAAACCGGAAUUUUCAUCUUGGAUUUCGAUUUGAAUUUGAUGAAAAUUGUUCAAUCUUUUAUGAUAAUCAUAAAGGUCGUUAUUUGAAAUCAUUAUCAGAAGCGAAAAAUAUCCCGUAUGGUACACACAUUAUUCGCGAACGUGCCAUUUCAAUUAUUCUCGAUUCAAAUCAUUACCACCGUUAUUGUUUUCAUUGUUAUCGCCAGUUGUCGACCAUUAUAUUCAUUCCUUGUCGCCAAUGUCGUCAAAUUAGAUUUUGUAGUAUAAAAUGUGAACAAAAAGCCAAUACACAUCAAGGUAUACAUCGAUAUGAAUGUCAUCUAAUAGCAAUAUUACAAUCAAAUCAUUAUGGCUGGCAUUUAUUUCGUAUGAUACGAUUGAUUGGUGGAUAUAGAAAUUUUAUCAAAUGGUCCAUUAAACAACAGCGUUGCCACAAUGAUGAUAAUGAUAAUGAAUUAUCGAAAAAAAUUGUACAUCGUUAUGAUUCCAUUUUCAAUGCAGGUACAAAUAAUAGUAAUCAGAGUUAUCAAGAAGAAAAAUCAAGUGAACACAAACCAUCGAAACACAAACAACAAAAACCAUAUUACAAUCAUUGUUUGAUUGAACAAAUGAAUCAAUUUCGAUUGAAAUAUGAAGAUGACUUUGAUAAUGACGACCAAGGAAUCGACAAAAAUAAUGAAAAAUCGAAAAAAGGAGGACCGACCAAUUGGUACCGACAAUACAAUGAACAAAAACAUUACGAUUCGACGAUAACAACCACCGAACAAGACCUAGAUGUUGAUGAUGAGGAAAAUGAAACGAAUUCAUUGAAUUAUUAUUGGAAACUUUUAUUACAAAAUUUCAGCACCAACAACAACAAUGGUAGUCAAAAUAAGACAAAACGAAAACAUGGACCAUGUUGUUAA